GAAUUACACGAUGAUAGCGUGAACUUAACAGACUUUGGAGGUUAUGAGACGGUACGGUGAUGUCACGAGGACUUUAGUUACGAUUUUUAAACGUAAAAAUGUUGUUGUGCUUUCGUUGUUUAAGUGUAUGGAGUGAUUCGGUCGAUCUGAAUUUAUUUUAAAAUUAUAUCAUUCGUUGUAAUAUGAGCAUUUCUACUUCUUAAAACCGGUCGAUUGCUUCGCGAAAGCAAACAGUGGUUCCUACAAAUACCUGUUUCUCUGACACCUCGCAAAAAUGGAUGAUCAAGCUUGUCCGAGAUGCAAAACUACCAAAUAUCGAAAUCCAUCAUUAAAAAUGAUGGUGAACGUUUGCGGGCACACGUUGUGCGAAAGCUGUGUUGAUUUGUUAUUCUUGAAAGGAUCUGGAUCGUGUCCCGAGUGUAAGAUUCCUCUGAGAAGAGUGAAUUUUCGCGUACAAUUAUUCGAGGAUCCAAUGGUGGAGAAGGAAGUGAACAUAAGGAAAAAAAUCCUCAGAGACUUCAACAAGAAAGAGGAGGACUUUGCAACGUUAAGAGAAUACAACGACUACUUAGAAGAAAUUGAAACGUUGAUAUAUAACUUGGCUAAUAAUAUUGAUGUAAUAGAGACGAAUAAAAAGAUAGAACAGUACAAGAAAGACAACAAAGAGCAAAUAACAAAAAGCAAGUCGAAAAUUGGUAGAAGUGAAUACGAGUUGGAAGAAAUGAUCGAAUUGGAAAAACAGAAAGAGGAGGAAAGAAGAUUGGAAAUAGUUAAAGAAGAGAUGGAAGCUAAAAAGAAAAAGAUCCGUGAAAAGGAAGCAUUGAUCGAUGAGCUUACAUUUUCAGAAGGAAAUGCAAAGAAUAUUGUGGAGACGUUUGCUUCUGUCAUGCAAGCAUCGAAGAAGGAACAGAAGACAGCGUCUAGUAAAGUCAAUCAAUUUAGCACAGGAAUUAAAUUUGGCAAUCAGGGAAGUCAGAAUUACAUGCCCAUACCAAAGAUCGAGGAAGGUCCUCUGUAUUCUUACACCCCUAUUAGACAAGGAAUGGAUGGUCCAACGCCACCAAGUUGGAGAGAAUUGCAAGCUCGUGGAUAUAUUUCUCAUGUACGCGUCGAAUCCGGGGCAGAAAGGGCAGGUGGAUUCAAAGCACAUGUUGCAUGCUUAAGAGCAUUGCAAGAAUCCAUGGCUGGCUUGUAUUAUAAUCCUUCACAACGCCAAACAGAAUUCACAACUGUAUGAUCGUAUAGACUGUUUUAAUACCAAGGAAAUCAUAUCUCUAGUUUUAUACAUAGAACAGUAUCUCUGAUUGAUCAUCAUUCAAUAAGUAAUACAUGCCAAGUUAAUUACAUGUGACAUAAUAAGAAAUUGUAGGUAAAUGUGCCUUGUUGUAUAAUGUAAUUUUUAGUAUUGCGUAUUGUAUAUUAUAAUAUAAAAGCUACACCACUGUAGUACCUGGUUAAGUUCAUACAAUGAAAACAAUCAUUCUUUCAUUAUCUUGUAAAAUAAAAUUCAUUUUGUUAAAAA